AGACAAUUCCUUCAUCAGACCCUUGGCCCUCAUACCUGCUGGACUUGGGAGUCUGACUGGUUAUUCAUCUCUGUUCUUUUGGGAAGAGGGGGUUGAUUUGGGACUUUGGGGUACACAGAGACGGAGGGGCUCCCCCAUCCUUCCACCUAGCAUCCGAUGCGGCCUCAUCUCCUGCAUGGACUCUCUGGGGUCUCUGUCACCCUAAUCUGUGUGGCACUCCUCUCAGUGAGACACAGGACUCCAGGGCUCAGUGGGACAGGCCCUGGGGAGAACAGCUCCAGGCCAGGGGCCCUGGCACUCACAGAGAUCUACAUUGCUGUCAAGACGACCCAGAGCUUCCAUAGGUCCCGACUACAGCUGCUGCUGGACACUUGGAUCUCAAGGGCAAGGAAGCAGACUUACAUCUUCACGGAUGGAGAAGACCAGGGCCUCCAGGAGAAACUAGGGCCUCACCUCGUGGUCACAAACUGCUCUGCUGAGCACAGUCAUCCAGCCUUGUCCUGUAAGAUGGCAGCAGAGUUUGACGCUUUCCUGGCCAGUGGACUGAGUUGGUUCUGCCACUUGGAUGAUGACAAUUACCUGAACCCAGAGGCCCUGCUGACGCUCCUGUCCUCCUUCUCACCCACCUGGGAUGUAUACGUUGGGAAACCUAGUCUGAACAGGCCCAUCAAGGCUUCAGAGCCAAUGCCCAACAACCAGAUGAGGCCAGUACAAUUCUGGUUUGCUACAGGUGGAGCUGGCUUCUGUAUCAACCGAAAGUUGGCCAGGAAGAUGGUACCAUGGGCCAGUGGCCCCAAUUUCCUGAGCACCUCCACCAGGAUCCGACUACCUGAUGACUGCACUGUGGGUUACAUCGUUGAGUGCAAGCUGGGGCGCCGCCUGCUCCCCAGCCCUCUAUUCCACUCCCAUCUGGAGAACCUGCAGAUUCUUGGGGCUUCCCAGCUCCCAAAUCAGGUCACUCUCAGUUAUGGAGUCUUUGAGAAGAAACUCAAUGCCAUUGACCUGGAGGGUCCCUUCUCUCCACAAGAAGAUCCCUCCAGAUUCCGAUCCCUCCAUUGUCUCCUCUAUCCCGACACCACCUGGUGCCCACAGCAGGCCACUCAGUGACUCGUGACACCUCCUUCUUGGGACAAAGGCCAAGAGAGGCCUUUGGUUACUGUCACUUACAGAGUAUCCGAGGGUCG